GUCUUUCCGUGUCAGCGUUCUCCAUUUUAGGAGGGUCAAAUACUGUAGAGACUGCUUGUCUUUUCAAGAAUUAUUUCAUGUGACGAGUAUCAUAGACUUCUAAACCUUGAGCCAAAGCCUUGGUGUAACUGUAAAGUGAAGUGAUCUGAGCAAAGAUGUAGAUGAGUGGAAUAUGAAUUGGGGUUGAAGUCAGCUCGAUGUCGUUUCACGGAAUGUGUCCACUGCCUGCCAAUAGCAUGAUCUUUUGGAAAAUGAUUUAAAUUUACAGAUGGCAUUCGGCAUGUGUUUUUGCAGCUUUCCCUGUUAGGUAAUCAAGCAACACAGAACCUCACCCCUCGUUUUUGAAAUUUAUUUUUAUUUUGAACCCUUUUCGGUGAUUUUUGUUGCCUGCUCUAAAGACAUUUUGUUGCUUAGGCCCACUUAGUAGAAGUUAUGUUAGAUAUCUUCGCUCGUUAUUAUUAAAUGAAAUACCUUUUGUCAUAAAGAUGCGUAUUUAUAGUGUCCUAUCAAUACAAUAGAUGGAUUCCAGUUGACGUCAUUUGUUUACAGUUUUGGAAACUGCGCAGGAGCUGCCAGGCAAAACAACAAACAUGAGCACGCGAGCAGUAUACUACUGUAGUCCCCCACAGCUGUGUAGGUUGUACCGUAUGAGCUGCAAAGCGUUUUUACAGGUGUUACCAGUUUAAAACAACAGUGUGCAAGAUAUUUAAGUAAUUACUUAGCACGUGGAAAACCGCAGCAUCGGGGCAAAUUUGUGCUGAAUAAUUUUUCUUGCUGCACGAAGCGUGCUUCCGUGUUGCUACCACGAGUUUAAUAACAGCUGUUUGUUUACUGUUCUGUAGUCGCUUGCAUAUAAAUUUCGCUUGGAUAUGUAAUUUGCUUAAUAAAGUUUCACAUUGAUGUCGUCAGAUAAAAGCUAUUUCGAUUCUCUGGACGAAAAAGAUCAGGCUAAUUACAAAUGUAAAUUAACGUUGACGGAUGGUUCUGUCCUUCCGGACCCAUACAGUCUUGAUGAAGGCUGGCAGGAUGAUGUUGGUUUGCUCCCAGAUGUUGGCUGGCCAGACAUAUACAACUACGUAAUAAAUACGCCAUGUAAUUUUACUAAAGAAUCGUUAAAGGCCUACAAGUCUUUAGAGGCAUACAACUUUUUUAUCUGUGGACAUGUUAAUGAUGUCUAUUAUCACCCAAUAAACAACACAAGCGAUUUUUGUUGUAUAAAGUCGCAGGUUUUACCAAGUCAAAGACAAGGACAGAAAUCAAGAUUGUUUGACGUUUGGGUUGUACUACACAAAAAAGAAGGCUGGAUUCUCUCUGCUAAUUGUACUUGUAUGGCAGGGUUAGGAUCUGUCUGUAGUCAUGUGGCUGCCCUGCUGUUUAAGCUUCAGGCAUGCACCCAACUUGAGCUGAAUAAAGUCGCUAGCACCAGUAAGCUAUGUGCAUGGAAGAAAUCAAGGAGGUAUGCUGAGCCAGCCCCUCUAAAAAACAUUGACUUUCGACGCCCCAAGAAAGAUAGUUGUGUCCCAAAUGAGACUAAAGGUAGUAAGCAACUGGAGAAGCCAUACUGUUCGAAAGAUCCGUCAGUUUCUGGUGAGACAUCUGCCACAAAUAAAUUAAAAGAACUGAGAAAGUUGGCCCCAAAUGCAGCAAUAUUUACAAGUAUUCUUGAUUCGUCUUCAGAUGAUGACAGGAACAAUAGUGAAACAGACACUGGUGAUGAAGAUGAGUCAAACUGUAUUUCUGAACCAUUGACAAGUUUAUUUGUUCCACAAGCUAUCAACUUUACCAAUGAUGAGUUACAGGGGCAUUGCAAAAAAUCAUACAAAAGGUAUAAAAAUAGUAACUGUGUAUCACAAUACAGAAAUCUUUGUAAAAUUACAGAAAAGCAGAGUGCCUCUAGAACUUGGCAACUACAAAGAGCAGGAAGAAUCACUGCAUCAAUUUCAAAACAGGCAUUUUAAGUUGGCAAAUCAGUGGAUUAUCCAAAAAGUCUGAUGAACUCAGUUAUGCAGUACUCCGAGUCAAUUGAUGUUGCUGCCACAAGGUAUGGCAAAAGAAUGGAGAAAGAAGCAAAAAGAGACUACAUAAACUUGGUAACUAAGAGCCAUUCAACAAUGGUUGUUUCGGAUACCGGCCUUGAUGUCUUACCAGAAUCUCCUUAUCUUGCUGCAUCACCAGAUGGACUAAUUGAAUGCAAGUGUCAUGGAAAAGGAGUACUAGAGAUUAAAUGCCCAUAUAAAUAUAAAGAUAGCCUGGAUGGGUGGAAGUCAGAUUCCAAUUUUCCAGUCUCUUCUGAUGGUGUAAUAAGGCAGAACCACCAAUACUAUUUUCAAGUGCAGCACCAACUUCUUGUAACUGGACGAAGUUAUUGUCACUUUUUCAUUUGGACAAAAGGGGAGAAAGAGAGUGACAAGCUACUCUUGACCAUUGAAGAAGACAGUCAAUUUUGCCUCAAAUUGCAAGAACAAUUUUGUAAGGUAUUUUUUAAUUUCAUUUUGCCUGAAAUAGUAUCUAGAAAGCAUGAUCAAAAUAAGGACAACUCGGACAAACUUUAUUGCUAUUGUAAAAGACCUAGCUUUCAACCCAUGAUUCCCUGUAAUGGACCUGAUUGUGAAAUGGAAUGGUUCCACUAUAGUUGUGUAAAAAUUACCAGAGCACCUGCAAAAUCUUGGUACUGCAACCAGUGCAGGAAAGCAAUUUCUAAGUAGCUAUUAUAGUUUUUCGUCUGUCUAUUUCCUGAGGUAAAUUUUACAUUUGACAUAUAUUUUCCAUUUCCUCUAACCUGCAAAAAUUCAAAAAAAGACCUGUAUUAAGUUCUUUUUUCAAGAUUAAGCAAAAUGUCAGCUUUUUGCUAUAGUAAAAGUGAUGUCAAAUGUUGAUGAACCUCAGGAAAUAAGUUAAUUAGCAGCUAUUUACAAUUUUUUUACAAUAGCCAAGGCCCAGUUCCAAAGAAUCUAUCACAUACCAAUCCCGUUAUCAACCUAUUUAUGAAAAAGGUUAUUGAGACUUUUUAAAAGCUGUCCUGUAAAGUUAUAAUUUGAUGCAUGAAUGAUCUGACUUGAAGAAAACAUCUUAGUAGAUGACAAUAAAAACAAUGUCAUUAGUUAAAAUUUGCUUAUUGCAGCAUAGAGAUAGUAUUGAUUCUUUGGAAUUGAGCCCCUGUUGAGGUUAUAUAUAUAUAUAUAUAUGCAAUUUAUGAAACGACGCUGUUGUUAAUGUUAAUAAUUGCUGAUAUGAUAAUCAUGAUAUCAUCAAGAAGGUCGAUUUGUGACAAAGGGAUCUUUGAUUGUAAAAUUGUAAAUUUUCUCAAUCGGCCAAUGACACGCUCAACAUUAAUGCCAACAUUCAAAAUUUGUCUGGAGAAUUCCACAUCUUUAGCAGCCAUCUGUUUUUUCCCCUUUGUGAAUUUUGGGAUUUUUAGGUGGACGCCCCUUGUUGCCAGCUCUGUCUCAAUCGUAAAACCUCUGUCUGCCAUUACACAAUCUCCCCAUUCCAACUUGUCAAGGAAUCCACUUUUGUUUGUUAUCUCCUUGUCUGAGGUCUUUCCUCCCCAGCCAGGAGAGAGAAAAGACACAGCCCCAGCAGGUGUUAUACCAAUUAAAUAUUUGAUUGUAUUGCUGUGCUUAUAGUUAGACCAUGUUUGUGCUCGUGCAUUGAGAUUUAGAGGACGUUCAAUAAAUAUUUCUGUGCAGUCUAUGAUACAAGUGCAAUUUUUAAAUUUUCUCUUAAAACACAGUGGGAGAUUCUUUUUAACUGCAGUGCGCUCUGGCCAAACAAUCAAAAACUUUGUAUGUUUUGCAAUUGUAGGGACCCACCUUCGAAAUAUUCUGGAAACCACUUGUUGAGUUAUCUUAAAUCUAAAAGCUAAAUCUCUAUUAAAAAGCCCCAGUUUCAACUUCAUGAGAAUCAGUAGCAAAUGGUCUUCAACAUUCAGCUGCCAACAGGUAUAUUUGAUUUCAUCUUUGAACAGGCUCAAUAACCACAAAAAUAUACUUGCAUUUUGGAUGCCUGUAUAAAAAUUUACCAAAGAGCUAUUGUCUUUGAUGGAGGCAAAGGACAUAGCUUCUGAAGGCGAUCUUGUAUUGCUGGACUGUUGUUGUAUUGAUGUAUUUUUAGCAAUGAGAAGGUCAGCUCUCAGCUUGACAAUCUCUUCUUGGAGCUGUUGCACAUUAGGAGUUGGAUCUGUUUGAAUUUCUAAAAUAGAUAAAUAAUUGGUGAU